AUGCUUCCUACAGAAGAAGCUUUACUCACAACCGCACCCGAUGUCCCUCCACGAAUAACAAGAAACUACCCAGUCCUCCUUAAAGUGAAUCUAGUGACUGAUACAAAGGUAGAAAAGUUGACCAGCCAGUAUAAGUACGAGAAAUGGAACUUCAACGGCUCAGUUCCUGGACCAUUCAUUCGCGCGAGGGUGGGGGAUGUCGUGGAGCUAUCACUGACAAACUGCGACAAGUCCGGUAAUACCCAUAAUAUCGAUUGUCAUGCAUUUUUGGGUCCCGGAGGAGGAUCGGCUCUGACUACAGCCGAGGAAGGACAGACAAAAACUGGGAGGUUUCGUCUCCAAUAUCCCGGACUCUUUCUAUAUCACUGUGCCGCCGCACCUGUGCCUGUACACAUCGCCAACGGCAUGUAUGGUCUUAUGUAUGUGCAGCCAGCUGAGGGUGACCUUACUCCGGUAGACCACGAGUACUACGUGAUGCAAAGUGAGUUCUACCAUGAGCCACCAGAAGUGGAGGAAAAUGGAAGACCGUCAUCAGAGGUGGAAUUUUCGUACCCGAAUGCGUUGCGUGAAGAUCCAAGUGUCGUUGUAUUCAACGGGCAUGAAAACGCAUUGACAACGGAAAAACCACUCAAGGCCAAGGUUGGAGAGACCGUUCGCAUCUUUUUCGGCAAUGCAGGACCAAAUCUGACGAGUUCUUUCCAUGUCAUUGGAAGUAACUUCAUGAGGGUAUAUCGGGACAGUGAUGUCCUAAGCCCGCCAGGUCAAUUUGUGCAAACUCAAAGCGUUCCACCAGGGGAUGCCACAAUAGUCGACAUGAAAAUGUUUGUUCCUGGGACAUAUACGCUUUUGGAUCAUGCAAUAUUUCGUCUGGAGAAAGGGGCUGUUGGGUAUUUGAACGUUUCAGGGGAUCCAAGGCCAGAUAUCUAUCAAGGCAACGAACCGCCGGCCCCUUGUUUUGGCUGUAAGCUGCAUCCUUGA